AUGGCCAAGCAACUCCUUGGCGUCCUGGAGGAGUCUCAGGACUUGCGGCUGCAGCAUCCGCUCCGCUGGGAAACUGAACUGGCGAGGCUGCGAUCAUCCGGCCACCAGUUCUACUUGCUGAGAAUCUCUUGCGAUGAUUGGCCUGAAGGCUUGAGUGGCCUGCUGACGGCUGCGGAGUGCCUGCAACGACAUGGACUUCAGCCUGUGGCGUUCGUUAGUCAUCCGGCCCCCUCGCCUGAUGUGUAUGUCGAUCUCAUACGCAAUCUCUCCUCCAGCAUCCGUCGCUGGGUGACGCUGUUGAGGCCACACAAUGGAAGUCCGAGCGCGUGUGUUGUUGACCCCACGCGGUGCCGACGUCGUAGAUGGGGCGUUGGCAGUGCACCGGCGCAGUCGGAGCCACAGCCAUUGGGCGAAAGCUUCCUCGGGUUGCACCGAGCACUCCUUUCGCACGCGGCUGCUGGGAGGGUCUUGCAGGAGGUGUCGGAGAGCGAAUUGGGCAUCAUGAUCGAAACCAAUUGGCUGGAGCCCAAUAAAACUUGCCAGAACCAAGAGGCAUUCUCCAAGGCCAAAGACCACAGCGAGCGCAUCAUGCUUUGUCAAAUUGGCUCUGUUCUUUCGCCCAUCUUUCACGGCCACUACCCGAAGGGACUCAGCCUUCCCCUCCCUUGCUUCUCUGCAGAAGUGCAGUCACACCUUGCUCACACAUCCUUUCUGAUGAUCUUGCAUAGCCAUGCUGGCCAGCUGUAUGUGAGUCCGAAGGACCUCAAAACAGAAAUACUGCACAUGCCAGCAGACUCCGGAACGUUGUCAAAAGUCUUGAAAUGGCUGUCUCAGCGGGGGUACUGUCCCCCUCCUGUCCAUGGCAUGGGUGGUUUGCAUGUCAUCGGCUCCCCUGGGAUCUCCAACCAGCAACUAGCAGUGCGGAGUGCUCAACAUGGUCUACCACUCAGAGGAUUUUGGCACAAUGCAGAGGAGGCAGGGGAUAGCUGCAUGCAUGCAGAAGGUUGCCUGCGUCAGUCAGAUGGACAUCCUGCCAAAUCAUGUCUCUUUAUGCAUCCUAUGGCCGAAGUUGCCACGCUUUCCUGGAUGGAUCCUGGCAGCGUAUUUAUCACGCUUGAGUUUCUGGAGCUUUGUGUCUGCUUGGAUUUGCGAAUGGACAUACAGCAGCUUCUGCUGGGACUGGACAACAAGGGCUCUUCAGGCCACGUUUUAAAGGCGUCCGGUUUGGAAAUGGAAGCGAGCAGAGAGAACUGUCGGAGGUCUUCCUGGAGCAGUCUCUUAGACCGAGCAACUCAAAGGAACAUUCAGAAACGGGUUCGCCAGGAAGCCGGAUACAGUUCCAACAGCUCCCUGGCUGCUUCCGAGCUCGCGGUGGACUUCUUCCUCUGCUUGAGGAGGUUGCACCGGAGUCAAGGAAAGAGACACUCACAGCUCCCUUCUGGAAGGAGCGCUGAAAGGUGCGAGGAAGCAACGACCACCGCCGCGGCCACCCUCCAAGCAGUCGUCCAGCUGAAGGUUGGGCGCGACAAGGUCAGGCUUUCACCUAGGCUGUCGGAGGAUCUUGUGGCAGCCGAAGUGGCAAGAGUACAAGCUUUGGGCACCGCUCUUCAACGCAGACCAGAGCCACCUGCACUUGAAGUCUGUCGGAAGUGGAAGGACCGCUCUUCUCGCUGUGAAGGCACCCCUGAUCCACUGCAAGCUCAGGCCGCCGUGGCUGCGUGUUGCUUUUGGUGGGGCUCACGGAUGAUGGGGAGGGGAGAAGAAUGCAAGGAUGUGGCUGGCGGGGACGUGGGCGGGAUUGUGCCGCCGCGGAUUGGGGAGCCAUUGGGUAGCCUCGACGCAGAAACGCUAAUGUCCGUGGUCGGUACCGCUGAACUUCCUGAAGCCUGGAAGCAGGGCUUCUUCUUUGCAGGCUACCAGCCGUACGGCUUGCAGCAGGUAAAUGGAGGCCCGUGUGGCGUCAUUGCUGUCAUUCAGGCAUUCCUGAUUCGCUCCCUGCACUCGCGGGUUCCCAGCAUCGAGGCCCUCCUUGAGGUUGAUGAGAACCUUCGACAAGAAGCCCUGGUGGAUGCCAUUGCAGAGGUGCUGUUCCGAAAUGUUGGUGAUAACAAGAAGGCUGUCGUGCUUGUGCCCAGUUCCGCAUCAGCUAGCGUUUUGGGCGUGUCGCAGCUGCGGUGCUUGCAGCCAGCAAUCUUCACCUCGUAUGACCAGCUGAGAUACCACCUCAAUCAGAGGCCCUACAGAGACAUCUUCUUCAAUCCCUCGGGGUGUGGAGUACCGAUACUUCUCUUCUCCAUGAUCUGGACUCGCGGUGUGGAGGGCUGCAGAGCGCGGGACUUCGAUGACCCGAAGACGGGGGCCAUGGUGGGUGGACAUGGCUACUGCACGCAGGAGCUGGUGAACUUGAUGACUUUUGGAAGGGCCUACAGCAACGUCUUCGAUGGAACCAAGCGCCUGGGCAGCGCCAAGGAUGGCUGGAUGGUACUCCAAGGAGCGCCGCGCCGGCCCAGCAUUGGUUUCCUUUCUCUUUUCGAGGCCUACGCGUGCAUCGAGGUGGGUUCACGGUACAAGGGGCCCACAAGCCCCGUUUGGGUUGUCUGUGCCGAGUCGCACUACACGGUGCUUUUCUCCGCAGAUGCCGCCGUGAAUCCGCAGGACUGCGACAAGGUGCUGGACCUUUUCUACUUCGACCAGCUUGCUCGCCAGUCGGAGCGCAUCCGACUAACAGUCAUCCCCAAGCAGCUUCCUGCGCACCUCUCCACAGGCUUCGAGGAGGCCGAGUCAAUGAUUGACCGGUGCAUUCGGACCAAGUGGAAGGAGGCAAGCGUGGACUGGAAUGGGAGCGAGGUGAUCCUUUAA